GUCCCAUUUUCACUCAGCAACAAGAUGGGCAAGAAACUCGUCAGCAUCACCAACCAGUCGAUGAAGGAGGACCCCGAGGGGCACCUUAUCGCCCACAAGAUCUUUGUGCCGACCCAUUUCAUCCAGGAGCUGAUGUCCCCGCUCGUCCCAAACGUGGAGACAAAGGUUGGGCUCUUCCCACACGGCUUUGAUGAAGAUGUUUUCCGGUACAAGAGUCGCCACCACAGAGUCAACUCGGACACAUUCCAGUUCGUCUGGAUCUCGGUCUGGGGCGGUCGAAAAAACACCAAGGCUGCACUCGAAGCCUUUGUGCUGGCCUUUCCGGACGGGACCAUCAAGUUGGCGGAUGGAAGGACGACCCGGGUUGAACUCAAAUUGGUUUGUGGACAGCCGCCGACGAUCAAGCCAUGGGAGCGAGAGUACUGGUCUGCAAAGCCAGGCAUCAUCAUCGUCGACCCGGACGAAAGCAGGACCGAUGUUGAACUGGCCCAGCACUACCACGACGCCGACUGUCUGGUGUUUCCAACUUAUGCCGAGGGAUUCGGCUUGACGGUGCUGGAGGCCAUGGCGACGGGCCUGCCUGUGAUUGUGCCAGAUUUCUCGGGAAUACAAGACUUUUGCGAUCGGCAGUCCUGUGUCAUGAUUCCACCGACUCGAUGGGUGAAUAUGACCCUCGGAUCGAUCCCAGGCUGCGGUGCUGACAUUGAUCCACGAGUGCUCGCAGCCGUCAUGAAGAUGAUGGUGCUGGAUCGACAAGGAUCUAUCCUCUUGGGCAAACGGGCUGCCGAGAAAGCUCACCGAGACUGGACAUGGCGGAAGGUGGUGCGGGAUUUCGACCAGAAGCACAUAUGCCCUCUGUUUGAAAGUCUGUGACUGAGGUGGAGGAAGGGCACAUGUCGCCCGCGAAUGGGACCGAAAAAAAGGGGUGCCCAAGGACAGCAACACUUGAAUCUAGCUGAUGGCGCAAGCUGGAUAUCGCAAGUCCGGAGGGCUCCCGCGAGUCCCACCGCAUCCAACCAUAUCAAACGCAGCACCAGCUCACUCAUAAACCCGUGGAGGGAUGGAAGAUCCGUCACUUGAUUGGUGUGGUCGGGUUCGGAGGUGCUAUGACUCACCCUGAGACCGACUGGAGCUUGCGGCGAGUGGCCAUGCUCGUUCCAGAGCCCGCUGCUCGGGGA